AUGGCAAAAAAACUUUUGGAUCCUGGGUUCCUCGCGGGUAAGCAACCUAAAUCUUUUAGGGAUGCUUUAUCUGGCUCAACUGAUGCUAACCUAUUUCCUGAUUUUCGCAUUUCUUCGCAUCGUGGUAUGCCCUCUUUAUGGUUUUCGGAAGAGGAAUUUCUUCAUCUUGCUAAGCCUUUUGAGUUUGCUUUGGUUGGGAGAUUUCCACUCAAACGCCCCUCUUUGGAUUCUAUCUGUAAAUUUUUUUUCAUUUUGAAAUUAUCGGGGGAUUUUUCCGUCACACUUUUGGAUCAAGCUAAUGUUUUGAUUAAGCUUGAUAAUGAUUUGGACUAUGCUAGGGUUUUUGCUCACAGAUCCUAUAAGAUUUUUGGUUGUUUCAUGAAAGUUAUUAAAUGGUCCCCUGUUCUUGAUCUGUCCGAGGAGUCUCCGAUUGUGCCUGUUUGGCUCUCUUUCCCUGGUUCACUCCCUCAUCUAUUCACUUCUCGUAUUCUUUUUAGAUUAGGCUCUAUUUUUGGUAGACCGAUUCACACUGAUAAUGCUACUGCCUCUGGUUCUAGACCAUCCGUAGCUCGUGUUCUUGUUGAAAUAGAUGUCACCAAAACUUUUCCCGAUUCUGUUUGGUUAGGGCCGGAGAAGUUGGGUUAUGUCCAAAAAAUUGUUUUUGAAUGCAUGCCUAGUUUUUGUUCUUCUUGUAAAGCUUUAGGUCACAAAAAACUGGUGUGUCCUAAACGUGUAUCUAAAUCUCCACCGGCUGACCCUAAAGUUUCGGAAUAUUUCACGAAUCCUGUUUCGACUGUAGCCCCUGUUACUUCUCGUGAAUUUGGUAUUUCUGUGAAUGGUUCUGAUGAUUCUUUAGCUAAAGAUGGUCUUGAUUGUGAAAUUCCUAUUAUUAGCAAUGUGGUUGUUGCUGAUGACGAAUAA